AUGUUUCGCAUCAACUCCGAUCCAUCUAUUUGGCCAGUUGAAAAUGUCGCAAAAUAUUCUUCUUAUCAGUAUCCUGGGAAAUUAUGUGUUAAAGCAAAUCUUUCUAUCCGUCCAUCUGUCCCGUCUUCGAAAGAAAUGACCAGUAUACUUAUGUCUUGUCAAUCAUUUGAUGAUCAAGUUUCCACUUUUUAUCACCUCACACGUUUAACUGAACUGGAUAUUUUGGCUAGAUUUGUUCUAAGUGAUAGUAUUGAAGAAAUCCUGGGUUUCAUAUUUCGUGGGACAAAAGUUUCAAUAUUUGGCUCUGUGUUAAAUGGUUUAGGAUCAGUUAGUUCAGAUGUAGACCUUGUUGUUAAACUACCAUUGAAUUAUGACAAUUUACAGUAUCUUCGUGAUACUAAAUCAAACUAUUUGACAUCGGAUUUAUAUCGAACGAAAAUAAUAUCAUUAGAUCCAGAUUGUUUAAAGAACAGAUUCUUAUCUUUUCUACAGAUGAUGUUAAAGAAAUUGGAUCCAUUAGGAUUUAAAUACUCAAGAAUAUACACUGGUCGAGUUCCUAUUAUUCAUUUGGAUCAAAUUCGUGUUCUUGAAGUUGGAUUGGAUAUUUCAUCGCUUACCAAAUCUACUUCGAUGAAUAAUGGGGAAUCAAAACAUUGUGGGACUAAAAUGGCUGAAAUUCUUCAUUUCCUAACAUUAUGUAUCCCUGAAAUUCCAAAGUCUGUAGCUCUCAUAAAAUAUCUUGCUCGUGAAUUACGUAUAACUCGUAAUGGUCCAAGUCCUGGAUUUACUAAUUUCAAAUUAAUUUCACUCUUUAUUAACUUUUUACAAGUUUCAAAUUAUGCACCUUCGUUUAUUCGUCUACAAUCUCUCAUUGAAAAUUCCAUCACAUUGGAUAGUACAAGUGCUUUUUCUGCUUACACUCAUUUCCCCGAUCUCAACCCAUUUCCAUCGAUAGAAGACGUACUGAGUAACUUUUUAGUUUAUGUAUGCAGCAUUAAACCAUGUGACAUAAUCAUUGACCUUCGUAAUGGCUGUUUAACACCACGACUGGAAUCUACUAGUACUGAGUACACAGAUCAUGUGAUACCUCAUAGAAGACAUUAUGUACUCUGUCCAGACCCUACAUAUCCACAAUGUAAUAUCUGGUCUGGUAUCAAUGAGGAUCAUUGGUCAAGUUUUGUGCAGAUAUGUCGUGCACUACAGGAUACUUUAAAAAUACAGUGUAAUAAAAAUGAAAAUUCUAAAUGGGGUCUUCUUGCUUUGACUGAUUUUGAUGACUGUACCAAAUCAAAAUUUGUAAAUGUUCCUGACUACUACCAUCUGAAUUUUUUAGCAUUGUGUGCUUCGGAUUAUUAUAAAGGCUGCAUAUUUCAUCGUAAUAUCAAAGGGUUUAUAGUGCAGACUGGGGAUCCUACUGGAACUGGCAAAAAUGGACAGAGUAUUUGGAAAAAACGAUUCAAAGAUGAAUUUCAUGACUCAUUAAGGCAUAAUGCUCGAGGAAUCAUGUCAAUGGCUAAUAAUGGUCCCGAUUCUAAUGGUUCCCAGUUUUUCAUCACCUACAGUAAACAAACCAUGUUAGAUAUGAAAUAUUCGAUUUUCGGAAAAGUAAUUGAUGGGUGGGAUGUUUUGGAUGAAUUAGAGCGUUCCCCUGUUGAAGAAAAAACUUAUAAACCUUUAACAGACAUUCAUAUACAAAAUAUAACAAUCCAUGCUAAUCCAUACUAUCAUACUUCUAGUGAUCAAACUCAAAUCAGUGUUGAUUAUGUGAUGAUGUCAGUUGACUCUAAACCGUACCCAUUCCCCAAUGGUCUACAUUUAUUUGGACAGUUGGUGAUCGGACCUCCUGGUAGUGGGAAAACCACAUACUGUGCUGCAAUGCAUGAUUUUCUUGUAAAAUUAGGUCGAAAAGUUGCUGUCAUCAAUUUGGAUCCAGCCAACGAUAGCUUACCUUAUCCAUGUGCCAUUAAUAUGGCUGAUUUAAUUUGUCUCGACGAGGUUAUGGAUUAUCUUGGCUUAGGUCCAAAUGGUGGGCUAAUUUAUUGUAUGGAAUAUUUAUACACGAAUCGAUCUUGGCUAGCGAAUCAACUAGCUUUAUUAAAACAGAAAGAUCCGAAAAUUUAUUUAAUAUUUGAUUUGCCGGGGCAGGUGGAGUUAUACACACAUCAUCCAUGUAUGCGUCAACUUGUCUGUUAUCUUACAAAUAAACCAACCAAUUUAAAAAUAAACACUAAAGACCAAUUACCAUUACUCUCAUCAAUACAAUCUUCAUCAUCCUUACCAUUAUCUAAAGAUGAUUUACCUAAUUCUCUUGAUUUACAUUUAACAUCAGUACAUUUAAUUGAUUCACAUUAUUGUUCAGAUGCUGGAAAAUUUAUCGCAUGUGUAUUAACUUCUUUAUCAGCUAUGCUACAAUUAUCUAUACCACAUGUAAAUAUAUUAAGUAAAGCGGAUUUAAUUGAACAAUACGGUGAAUUAGAUUUUAAUUUAGAUUUUUUCACAGAAGUAUUAGAUUUACAAUAUUUAAUUGAUUGUUUACAUAAAACUACAAAUAAUAAUGAUCAGUUAUUAUUCAAUAGUAAAUAUACACGUUUAAAUCAAGCUAUCAUUGAUUUAAUACAAGAUCGUUCAAUUGUUCAAUUUUUGUUAUUGGAUAUACAAGAUCUAUCACAUAUAGAACGUGUUAUGCGUUAUGUGGAUCGUGCUAAUGGUUAUGUGUUUGGAACAAAUGAACAGCACAAUCUUCAAAGUUUAUUACAUUCAGCUUCUGGUGUUGAACUGGCACCUGAUUGGAUAGGUAUGAUUCAAGAGAAAUAUAUGUCUAAAAAGAAUGAUGAUGAUGAUGAUAAUCAUAAUACUGACAGUAAUGUACAGAAUGACGAUGAGCCUCAUAUUGAUUUAUUCGCUUAA